CUUUAAAAUAGCUGAUCGUGUCGAGACGGCAGCAGCACACUUGUCGCCCUUCCCAAAAGCUUCUCCGGUGUUUUCGCAGUCGCAAAUCUGACCGUUAACUAGCUAGAAGAAUCAUUAGAAUAAGAACUAGUGAACAAAAGGAAUAUGGGAACUCACAUCAAUUUCAAUAACUUAGGAAGUGGUGGAAGUAACCAGAUGAAGCCAACAGAUACCACCAAUCCCCUGGCGAGACAGUCCUCUGUUUACUCCCUAACCUUUGAUGAGCUUCAAAGCACAUUCGGUGGACCGGGGAAAGAUUUGGGGUCGAUGAACAUGGAUGAGCUCCUGAAGAGCAUAUGGACUGCUGAAGAAGCUCAGGCCAUGACUUCUUCAGCGGUUGCGCAACCCAACGGUGUGAAUCUCCAGAGGCAAGGCUCGUUGACUUUGCCUAGAACGAUUAGUCAGAAGACUGUUGAUGAGGUCUGGAAAUUCCUGAUCGCCAAGGAUGGUGACAUGGGAGGUAGCAGCAAUGGUGAGUCCAAUGCACCUCCUGGGAGGCAGCAGACUCUAGGGGAGAUGACGCUUGAGGACUUUAUGUUUCGCGCUGGCGUUGUAAGAGAAGAUAACAACCUAUCAUUCAAUGGUGGUAAUGAUUCCAUGAUCUUGAAUCAGCCACAACAGCAGUUUCAACAACAGUCACAUCCACACCAUCAGCAUCAGAGGCUGCCUCAAACGAUUUUUCCAAAACAAGCAAACGUAGAAUUUGCUGCGUCUGUGGGUAUGGUCAACAAGGGCUUCACUGGAGCUGUGAAUAACUCCAUGAACAAUGAUAAUGGAUUAGCUAGUUUCAGCGGAGAAGGGGUAAAAAUUGCAGCAACAUCACCAGGGACAAGCAGCGCGGAGAAUAAUUCCUUGUCACCAGUUCCUUGUGUGCUUAACGGAGGAAGAAGAAGCAGUACGGGUGUGGAGAAGGUUAUCGAGAGGAGGCAAAGGAGGAUGAUCAAGAACAGGGAAUCAGCUGCUAGAUCUAGAGCUCGGAAGCAAGCUUAUACCUUGGAACUGGAAGCCGAAAUUGAAAAGCUCAAGAAAGUGAAUCAAGAAUUGCAGAGAAAACAGGCUGAAAUGAUGGAGAUGCAGAAGAAUGAGGUGAAUGAACCGUCGAAGCAACCGUGGGGCAGCAAGAGGCAGUGCCUGAGAAGGACACUAACCGGUCCUUGGUAAAAUCAGAAUGUAGCAACAUGUACCGAUCAUACCAGACACCGGUUUGCAUGGGAAUAAUGUAAUAGGAGAUAGUGAUACCUGUACAGAACAUUAAGAGAAAUUUUAUCAAGUGAGAAUCUCAGGUUACACA